CAGAUGCCGCCCUCACCGGUUGCGUUUACAUGACGUGCCGGUGCAGUGAUAAUCGUUUCUCUUCGUCUCCCCCACAAACCGAUACAACUCCAAGAUAUAGAGUAUAGAAACUGUCCUAAUUAACAUCGUCACCAGAAGCCAGCCAGCCAGCCAUGAGCACCAAAAGCCAAAAGCAGCCGCAGCAUGUACUAGUGCAGAUGGCGGUGUCAGCCAUGGCGACUCCUUGCGCCAUCAAGCUGCUGCUCUUCGCCGUCCCCCUCGCCCUCGGCUUCGCGCUCGGCAUCGUGGCCACGCUGUCCCUCGUGAGCUCGACCACCACGUCCGGCGGCGCACUCCCCGGUGCCGCCCUCCACCUCUUCUUCCCGCCGGCCGACGCAAACCUCUCAACCGCCGCCGCUGUACCACCGCAGCACCCGCCGGAGUCUCCGGUAGCACAGGCGGGAGGACUGACAACCCGGGCCCAGUCCCCGCCGCCGCCACCGCCGGUGGACACCGGCAUUAUUAGCAUCGCCAACGCAAAUAAAACUGCAGAGGCGGGGCCGGUGAUCGAGAAGGAACGAUUGGCAACGGUGGGUGCCAGCGUUAGGGACGACGACGAUGAGGAGCUGAUGGCGCGGGCUGCGGCGGCGCCGAGGGAGGCUGUACUGGGCGCGCGGCCCAAGGUGGCGUUCCUGUUCCUGACGAAGUGGGACCUGCCCAUGUCGCCGCUGUGGGAAAAGUUCUUCCGGGGGCACCAAGGGCGCUACUCCGUCUACGUGCACACCGACCCGGCCUUCAACGGCGGCCCGGACGACGACGAAAGCUCCGCCUUCUACCGCCGCCGGAUCCCCAGCAAGGAGGUAAAAUGGGGCCACAUCAGCAUGGUGGAAGCGGAGCGGCGUCUCCUGGCGCACGCACUACUGGACCCCUCCAACGCGCGCUUCGUCCUUCUCUCCGAGUCGCACGUCCCGCUCUUCGACUUCCCCACGGUCCACUCCUACCUGGUCAACUCCACGCGGUCCUUCGUGGAGUCCUACGACGAGCCGGGCGGCGCGGGCCGGGGCCGGUACAAGCGCGGCAUGGGCUCCGCCGGCAUAGCCCUUCGGCACUGGCGCAAGGGCUCUCAGUGGUUCGAGCUGGGCCGGGCCCUGGCGGCCGAGGUGGUCUCCGACGCCGUCUACUUCCCGGCAUUCAAGCGGUUCUGCAAGCGCAACUGCUACGCCGACGAGCACUAUCUGCCCACGCUCCUCAACGUCCGGAACCGGACGGCGGCGUGCGCCGGGCGGAGCGUGACCUGGGUGGAUUGGUCCCAUGGCGGGCCGCACCCGUCGCGGUUUACUAGGAUGGAGGUCACCGUGGAUUUCCUGCGGUGGCUCAGGAACGGGGGAGGGAGGACCUGCGAGUACAACGGGGGGAACACCACGGUUUGCUUCUUGUUUGCAAGGAAGUUCUUGCCCAACUCGCUCACCCGGUUCUUGAGGUUCGCGCCCAAGGUGAUGGGCUUUGGAUGAAUAUGGAACGAGAGAACACACAUACUGCGUUUUGUUUUUUACCUUUUGGGUAUAUAUAUACACUUGUCACACAAUUCUUUAGUUAAUGUUCACAUUCAUUGUUCAGCAGCACCUGUAUACAUGUAAAGGAUAAUCAUUUUUUUCUGUUGUUUUUGUAAUGCCUGAUGAUCAGAAAAUGUGAAGAGAACAAGAGAAGAAAGAUUAAUCAGAA